AAUGCAGUAUCCAUUCUGACUUAAUGGUUAGUUUCCUCAGUGAGAGUGGGUUCCUGUGUUUUGGCGGCACAUGUGUGUUUUGGGGGAUGAUACAAAUUUGAGCGAGCCCCUUUACGGUCAGGUGGCACGUGCCGUAUAUCUCCCGGCGACGCCCGAGUAGCCUAUCAUCACGUGAUGAUGUGGCGCCGGUGACGGAUCCGUUCCCAUCGCGGCGGUUUGAAAGGUUUCCUAUUGCGUCCUCGGUGGGCGGAGAUACGAAUGCGCUCCGUUACAGAAUUAUGUAGAUUUUCAUCUUUUUAGCGCUUGUUGGCAGGGCAUCGCGUUUCAAUGGGAUAAAUCAGCUGUAUUGGAAGUCAUUCGUCUGUGGAUUAACAUCAACGACGCACGCACGCAGGCAAUAGCCACUGCACACGGACGGAGGUGAACUCGCAAGGCAGGGCAGUUGGAUGAGACUGAAGCAGAGUGGACUGACGUGCAUCUGGUGAUCGCGAGGCGCAGGGCCUGGAAGAGGGGCGCGCAUCCUGACCCGGUCAAAGGUUAGGCCACUGCGAAUGAUGAAGACAACGACGAUGCUUAGUUUGGUUUACAUAGAAACGGAAAAUUCUGGGUGAGGAGGAAGUGUGAAUAUCUGUUGGUGGGGCCAAGCGGCGGAAGGGUGGGGCCAUGGCUGCUACCACGCCGACCAAUGCCCUGCCCUCCAAGAAGAGUCGCGCCAAGCCGGAGGCGGAGUCUCUUCAAGCGUCCAAUGAGGAGCUCAAGAGCAAACUGAGUGACACUCAGAAUGAGCUGCAGCAGGAGAAAGCAAAGAUGUGUAAGUUGCGUGAGCGCAUGCAGGAGUUGCGUUCGCAGCGGGAGUGUGAGCAGCACAAGCACUCGGUGGCCAUGACGGAGCUGCGCGUCAAGCUGCACGAGGAGCGACAGCGCGAGGUGGCCGGCGUGCGAGAGGCGUUGGCACGGCAACACGAGACAGAGCUGGCCCGGCUGGCACGGGUGCGAGAGGCGGAGCAGCAGCGGCUACAUGCACAGCUCAACGCCCUCAGGGAAGGGGGAGGAGUUAGCAGUGAGCUUCGGGGCCUGCUUCGAGAAGAGGCCCGAGAGGAAGUGAGGCGGAGCCACGAGGCAGAGAAGCUCCGCCUCUCCCAGGAGCUGCAGGAAGUGAGGUCGGCGCGGCGACAGGCGGAGGACGCGCUGGCCGUAUCGCAGCAGGCGGACAAGGCCAAAGCAAGCGACCUCCGAGUCGCCCAUCAGCAGCACCAGGAGGAGAUCCAGCGGAUCAAACGCGAGAGCGAGCGAGAUAUCAGGCGACUGAUGGAGGAAUUGCGUGGUCGUGACCGUGUUCUGCAGGCCAUGGAGAAGGAGUUGGGGGUGCAGGCGGGUCAGACCCAGAGGCUGCUGCUGCAGAGGGAGAUGGCCGAGAGGAACCAUGGCAGCCCCAAAAGAGAAGUCGCCCCGUCCCUCGCAGACAGCCCAGACCUCCCCAACAACCAGGAGAGUGUUGAUGAGAGGGACACUCGCCGCUUUCAGCUGAAGAUUGCUGAGCUGCAGUCGGUCAUCAGGAAGCUGGAGGACAGAAACGCCCUCCUGUCUGACGAGAGGAACGAACUGCUGAAGCGCGUCCGAGAGGCAGAUGGACAGAUGAAGCCCCUUCUGGAGAAGAAUAGACGGAUGAAUAAGAAGAGCGACGAGCUGCUGCAGAGCCUGCAGCGGAUGGAGGACAAACUGAAGAGCCUAAGCCGAGAGAACGCAGAGCUGAGAGAGAACUCCUUACAGCAGCAGCAGCAGCAGUCCAACUCCCAGCAGGGCGUUCUGAAGCGCCACAGCUCACUGUCGGACCUAAGCCACGCCCCGGAGCAGCAGGAAGUGGAGUGUCUCCGUCUCCAGGUGACGGAGCAGCGAGGCUACAUCGAGGAGCUUGUGCAGGAGCGGGAUAGACUGCUUUUCAACAAGAAGAACAAGAGGAAAGGGCUAAAGGUGCCCAAGAAGCAUGUUGUGGAGACAUAUUUUGGAUUUGACGAGGAGUCUGUGGAUUCGGAAACCUCUUCCCUGACAUCUUUCAACACCGACCAGACCCCUGCUACACCCGAGGAGGAGUUGGAGGAGACUUUCUGCAGGGAAGAGGCAGAGCUGCGAUUCCGUCAGCUGACUCGAGAGUACCAAGCACUGCAGCGAGCCUAUGCCCUCUUACAGGAGACCACUGGCCCACUGGACCCCGAGAGACACUGCAGGACGCGGGAGCAGCUACAGGCGGAGCUGACUGGCUGUCAGGAGCGGAUCGCCGACCUGGAGCGCAGCCUGGCCGAGAAGGGGCAGGUAUGUGUGAUGCAGGAUGCUAAAUGGGUGGAAGAGAAGCAGAACCUCUUCAGAACAAACCAGGAGCUUCGAGAGAAGAUCAUUCAGCUGGAGCAGGCUGAGUGUCGUCUGCGGUCCGAGGUGCAGGACUCUCAGGACCAGAAUGAGCUGCUGGAGUUCCGGGUGCUGGAGCUGGAAGAGCGGGAGAGACGGUCGCCUGCAUUUAACCUCCAGAUCUCUGCCAUGGAGAACAACAGCAGCCUACAGCUACACUGCCAUGAGGAGGGAGUGCAGGAUGUGAUCAUCCCCGAUCUCGUAAAGAAGCUGGAUAUCUUAGGUGAUAACGGGAACCUACGCAACGAGGAGCAGGUUACAGUGAUUCAGGCAUGCACUGUACUCUCUCUCUGUGAAAAGUGGCUGAAGCAGAUUGACAGCACAGAGGCAGCUCUGACUCAGAAGAUGGUUGACCUGGAGAAUGAAAAGGAGCUAUUCAGCAAGCAGAAAGGCUUUUUAGAGGAGGAGCUAGACUACAGGAAGCAAGCUCUGGACCAUGCCCAUAUGAGGGUGCGGGAGCUAGAGGCCACGCUGUACGCCAUGCUGCAGCAGAAUCCUGAAUGCCGAUUGGGCGAGACGCUGAGUGACAGGCAGAGGGUGGAGCUUGCGGAAGCCAUGGAGGCCGUGAGGAGGCAGAUCCUGAGGCAGAGUCGACAGGCUGAUAGUGUCAUCCUACAGCAACGCAUGGAGAUGCUGCAGUCUGCACAGCAGCGAAUCAGAGAACUAGAGGAUAAGAUUGAUCUUCAAAGAAAACAAGUAAAAGAGAUUGAGGAGAAGUUUUUGUUCCUCUUUUUAUUCUUCUCUCUAGCUUUUAUCCUCUGGCCUUAACACACUGUUACACAAACACACACCACUCUCAACCGAAACCGCUUACAGCCUCUACUUCCUGGUCACACACACAGUCUGCCUCUCUCACUCAGUCACACUCAGUUGGACCGGCCAACUGACCGGUCACACCCUCUUCACUGGGAUACAAUUGGACAUUCCCCGCUCUGUUCUUGUGCGUGAUUGGUUCCUGCGUUUGGUGACAUGUCGGGACUGUCCGUGCACACAAUCU